AUGGCUAUGACAUUAACCAUGAUCCAGAACGAGCAGCAGCGCGUGGCGCUAGCUAUCUCCAAUCUCAGUGGUCAAGCACGAGAAUGGGCACUGACGCGCGGCACUUCGAUUGAAGUGGCGUUUCCCUCCUGGACGGAGCUGAAGCUGCACCUCUUACUAGUGUUCUCGCCGCCUAACCAGGAAUAUAGUGCGCGAUCGCGUUUCCUUGCCGCCCGACAGGGCAAGAAGAAGCUGGCGGACUUUGUUCACGAGUUGCGAAUUCUCAUUGCCGGGAUGGAAGCCGAUCUUCUCCCCGAGGCAGUCACGGUGACCGCUUUUAUGGAGGGCCUCCGCACUGGCGUGGCCAGAAUGGAAGUCUUCCGUGCACACCCGUCUACUUUUAAAGAAGCAAAGAAUGUGCCAUUGAAUGCCGACUUCAACCUUGAGUCGGCACGAAUUGGUCGGAAUACACACCCUCAGAUCUCGUCGAGCGGGCUUGAGACAAUGAAUCUUAGCUAUGCUGGGAAAGAAGGGGGAGAGCUCCGAGCUACCUGA